UCCUUUUCUUCCCCGGCUUCGUUUCGUGCUUUCCUCAACCUCCCCUCUUCCGUGCCGCACAGUUUAUCCGCUGCUUCACGGAAAUCCUUACGGGGCUGCAUAUACUAUAUUCCCUGCGUUCCAGGCGGCCCCGCCCCCGCCCCCCACCGGCUCUUGCUGUCUCCUCUCGCACGGUCGCACCCCGCUAGCCUCCCGGCGUCCCAAUCCCAGGAACUUCCGUCGCGUCAGGUGAUGCUUUCAGCAACUACAGGUGUAGGACAAUGUCGAUGAACUAUGAUGGGGAUAGGAGUGAGGACCGCCAAAGCGAGGAGGUCCAGUCAGCAUACAAAAGGGACAGUGACGUUGGUGAGGAAAUGAUAAUAAGUAGCGAAGAGCAAAAUGAUGAGAAUGAAUGGAGCUGGGUGAACCAAGAUAGAAAUGGUGAUCCUUUUGCUGAAUCGGUUUCCUCACUUCAUACGACACAGCAAAUCCUCGAAAAUGAGAUACGAAAAUUAUCAGAACUUGGCAAAGAACUUGAGGCGGAGGAAUCCACUUCCGGUAACAAAGACCAAGAUGUGAUCCUUUUGCCGUAUAGUGAGGCUGAUGUGUUGGAACUGAGUGAGAAGAUGGAACAUCUUGAACAGAAAGUGAAAGAAGCAUCAAACACCAUCAGAGAGAAAGACCUGAUGCUUUCCAAGCUUCAAAUACUCAUCGGUACUGCAGACAGGGCAGCGCUGGAGGAGGAGUUGGAGGAGGCAGCAGCUAGCAUCGACCAAUUGGAGACAGAGCUGGAGCGCCAUCUCCAGGAGAAACUAGAGGCUGAAAUUCAGUGUCUGUUGAUGUUGAAAGCGAGCCAGAAUUGGCAGGUCCGAGCGGAGGACCGGGUGGCCUUGGAGGAGCACAGGGCGCUGUCUGCCGGGGACAAGACCAGAAUGCUGCUCAAGCUACGAGAGACGGAGAGCAAGAUCGUGAUGCUGAAAGAGCAGGUAGACAAGCUGGAGGUCCGGGAGAAGGAGCUCAACCGGACGACCGAGGUCCUGAAGAUGCAGAGCAGGACCUUCAGAGCGUCCCUCUUUGGCCUCGUCCAGCUGGUAAUGCUAUGCCUGUCCCUGAAGGUGUUCUUCGCGCGGGUCUCGGCCCCAUUUGACGAGGCUGUGCCGACAUGAUGCCGUCAGCUGGUGCUCUCUUCUGCCUGUAAAUUAGCUCGCCGGGGUUGCGAUGCCUUAACGCGUGUCCUGCUGUCUUACUGUAGCUGUAGCCAGUAGGUAGUAUAGUUUCGUUACACUGAUGCAGUGUAGGCUGUGGUGAAUGACGUCUGAAACUACGCGUGUUCUGUUAAAAAAAUUACUGCAGGUCUGUGCAUAAAUUGGGUUGGAUUGGC